AUGUCUGAAUCCGGGCACUCGUUCCCUUCCACGGGAAUCAACUCCGGCGGCAGCGCUCGCAUAGAGGUGGGAGACCCAAACGAUAUCGAAGAGGAUGAGUUCGAACCAUCCAUCAUCGACGACGAAUCUAUACACACAUUCGGGAGUAUUACGACCAGUGUUUUCCGCCACUCAUACGAGAACGGCCGUCGUUAUCACAAGUAUCGAUAUGGGACAUAUCCGAUCCCAAACGACGAUACGGAGCAGACGCGCGAUGAGAUGAAGCAUGCUACAACUCUCGAGAUCACCGGGGGUAAACUGUUCUUCGCACCUAUCGGGGAGCAUCCGCAGCGCAUCAUUGACCUCGGAACAGGCACGGGAUCAUGGGCCAUUGGGAUGGCAGAUCAGUUCCCGAGCGCGCAGGUGAUCGGUCUCGACCUGAGCCCGAUCCAGGAACCGUGGAUCCCGCCCAAUCUACGGUUCAUCGUCGAGGAUAUACACGAUCCUUGGAUACAUGGAGACGACUUUGACCUUGUCCAUCUGCGGCACGUCAGCCUGUUUCUCAAGAACUUUGAAUCCGUUGUUGCAAAGGCUUUUCAACAUUUAAGACCCUCCGGUUGGAUCGAGCUGCAAGAGUUUGGCGGCUGUGCUCGAUGUGAUGACGGCAGUAUGCGUGACGACUCCCCGUUCAAGAUCUUCAUGGACAAGACCGGCGAGGCGCUGUCCAAGGCCUACGGGUUCCAGUGGCGUGUAGCCAACAUAAUGGAAGGUAUUUUGAGGCAGCAUGGAUUCGUGAAUAUCAACUGCAAUAAGUACAAGAUGCCCCUGGGGAAAUGGCCAAAAAACAAGAAACUCCGUCUUAUAGGCGAAUGUAUGCGGGAGAUUGUGUCUGACCUGAUAGAUGCGAUGGGUGCCAAGCCGCUCCGGGAGAUCAUGGGAGAUGCCGAGGUCAGGAAGCUAGUUGUUGAUUCCAAGGCGGAGCUGGCCGGCUAUGAGUCGCAUAUGUACGUCGAGUACUUCUUCUGGUACGCUCAGAAGCCUCCAGUAGAGCCGCUUGCAGGAUAA